AUGGGGUGGCUCGACGGCUGGUGGUCCGACUCGACCAAAUCCUCCGACCCUCUCGCCUCCGUCGAUCCCAAGCUCCGCGAGUUCUUGAAGCGCGAAUCGCCCGUAAAGUACCAUACACCGACGACACAGGACCCGGCCCCCUCACGCACGGCGCCGUCCUCUUCCAAUGCGUCCACAGGGGAGCCCGCCGACAAGCCGCUAGUACCGAGAGAGAGCCUCUUCCAGGACGGCCGGUAUGCGCACCUGUGGAAAAACUACAAGUCGCUGGGCGACGUGGAGGCGGAGACCAAGACGGAUCACGAGAAGCUCAUGGACGUGCUCGACGGCUACAAGGAGCGGAAGCACACCAUCGGCAAGGCGGCGCUGGAGAACUGCGCCAUCCAACAGGAGGAGUGGAUCAGCUGUAUGAAGAGCGGCGCAUGGGAGGACCGACUACAGAUGUGUCGGAAGCAGGUGCAACGGUUUGAGAAGUGCUAUACCACGCAGACGAGGUUACUAAAAGCCCUAGGCUACGGCUCCGUCGUAGGCCGUCCACCAGAGGUAGAAGAAGACAUCCAGAUGCACGCCGACGCCUUGUACCUGAGGGUGCUCGAGCAAGAGCGCGCCCUGAAGGACGCAAAGGACCAAGGCCGCCCCCUGUCGGAUCUGCAGACCUUGUUCCCCAAGCCGGAAGGCGCCAACGCCAUCGAGCCCGGCGCCGAGCUGCGCAAGUCGUGGGAAGAGAAGCUCCAGAGCCUGCCCCCCGAGGAGCGGGCGUCGGAGGAGGCCGCGUUACGGGCCGAUUUCCAGGCCAAAGCCGUCGUCGCCCGGGACGUGCAGAAGCUUUGGGAGGCGCAGGCGGACGAGCGCAAGGCGAGGGAGGCCGAGGGCAAGACGACCAUGCUGGACCGGUUCUCGUCGCUCUUCCGGUUCAAGUGA